AUGCCUCACGCGGAGCUCCAGAUGUGCUCGAGCCAGUGGCCCAUCGGCUGCCCUGUGGAGGUCUUCAGCGAGCACUUCGGCUGGCGAACCGCGCAGGUGAUGGAGCAGGAGGGGCAGGACCGCAUCUGUGUGGAGUUUAUGUCCCCACAAGGCUACUGCUGCCGGAAGCGCGUCGCGCCGCAGACCCUGCGGCAUUUGGACGACCUAGAGCUCCAACCGGACGAGACGGACCCCGAGCUCUUCUUCGACGACUGCCUGAAGAUGGUGCGAGGCACUCAGGAGCCUCCGGCGCCCCGACUCGUGAACUGCACCUGCGUGCGGUGCGGCAACACGAAGGCCACCAAGGAGGAGGGGGCCACCAACUACAAGUGCCCCAAGUGUGGUCGGAGAUGUGAGAAGUGCAAAGCGUUAUACAUUCCCGGCAAGCACUAUGACUGCGGCAUGGCGAAGGCAUGGGCUGAGAUGAAGAACGGCCACUUCCGGCAGUACUGGAAUGCGCGGGCGCGCGUGGCCAAGGAAUUGAAGGAUGAGAACAGCGAGGUCUUCAGCAUUUGCCCCGCGUGCUUGCAAGGCAUCAUGAAGGAGGACGAUGACCAGUGCGACCACAUGACCUGCUUCAACUGCGGCCACGAGUUCUGCUUCGAGUGCCACGCGGAUCGCACGGCCAUCAAAGCCCACGGGAAUCAUCACCACGAGCAGACCUGUCGAUACCACUUUGUCUACUUCGGGCGGGACAAGUUCAUGCCGGACGAGUGCCGACAGUGCCGGAAAGAGAACUCUCUCUGCAUCCGCCCGGGCGGGCAGCGGCUCUGGGAUGAGCUGGGAGAGAAAGUGGCCAAAGGGGAGCUGGACGAGCGACGGAUUUACAAGGAGAAUGGCCACAAGGUGGAGUGGUGA